AUGGGGAGGCGGCGGGCCGGCCGGAGCGCGGCGAGAGCGAGGCAGGGCGGCGAAGGGCGCGCGUCGGAACGCACACCAUGCGCGGCGGCUCGCUUUAGCGCCCCGAUGGAGCCGGGCCACUUCUACGAGGCGGACUCGCGCCCCCUGCAGCCCCGCCACCACCUCCCCCAGCAGCCGCCGCAGCCCCUGCCCGCCGCCCUCCAGCACCACCACCACCACCCCCCGCCGCCGCCGCCGCCGCCGCCGGGCCCCGCCUACGGCUACCUGCCGGCGGCCGAGCUGCAGGAGCUGUGCGAGCACGAGAACUCCAUCGACCUGAGCGCCUACAUCGACCCGGCCGCCUUCAACGACGAGUUCCUGGCCGACCUCUUCCAGCACACCAAGCAGCAGCAGCAGCAGGAGCGCGCCCACAAGGCCGGCCUGGACUGCGCCAUGGCCGGCCACGGCCACCACGGCCCCCACGGCGCGCUCUACGGCUACGCCGACAAGCCGGAGGGCGGCGCGGCCUACGAGCGCCUGCAGGGCCCCCCGCCGCCGGGCCUGCGGCCGCUGCUCAUCAAGCAGGAGCCCCGCGAGGACGACGAGGCGGCGGCGCUGGCCGCCCUCUACCCGCCCCCCGCGCCGCCCCCCGCCGCCGCCGCCUGCAGCCACCUCCAGUACCAGGCGGCGCGCUGCGCCCAGACCGCCGUGCACCUGCAGCCCGGCGGGCAGCCCACGCCGCCGCCCACGCCCGCCCCCAGCCCCCACGCCGCGCCCCCCCCGCCGCCGCCGCGCCUCCACGCCCCGGGGGGCAAGGGCAAGAAGUGCGUGGACAAGGGCAGCAGCGAGUACCGCGUGCGCCGCGAGCGCAACAACAUCGCCGUGCGCAAGAGCCGCGACAAGGCCAAGCAGCGCAACGCCGAGACGCAGCAGAAGGUGCUCGAGCUGAGCGGCGACAACGAGCGGCUGCGCAGGCGGGUGGAGCAGCUCAGCCGCGAGCUCGACGCCCUGCGCGGCAUCUUCCGGCAGCUGCCCGACAGCGCGCUCGCCAAGGCCGUGGGCGGCUGCGCCUGA